AAAAUUGAACAUAUAUAUCUAUAUCUAUAUAUAGAGAGAGAGGAGCAAAUUUCAUUCCGUCCUACAUUGUUGAACAUUCUUUUUUAAAAUUUUACUCGUUCCGCCUCAUUUUAUUGUUAUUCCUAUAAAGGGUUUUAACACAUUUCUGAUGGCUACGACGGCUACACCGGCGGCAACCAGUACGGCGACAACUUCCGAGAAGAAGAAGCCGGUGUUUGUCAAAGUGGAAAGCCUAAAACCUGGAACACAUGGUCAUAACUUGACGGUUAAAGUUGUUGAAUCGAACACUGUCAAGGCCACCGGCGGCGGCGGCCGUGGUGGCAGAGUAUCGGCGUCAUUAAAUUCUCGUGCUCCACCACGGAUCUCCGAGUGCCUCAUCGGUGAUGAGACAGGGUCCAUCCUCUUCACUGCUCGCAACGAACAGGUUGAUUUAAUGAAGCCAGGUGCGACUGUGAUUCUGAGGAACGCAAAGAUUGACAUGUUCAAGGGUUCCAUGCGGCUUGCAGUAGACAAAUGGGGCCGCGUUGAAGUUACUGAAUCUGCUGAUAUUGCUGUUAACGAUCAAAACAACCUUUCUUUAGUUGAGUAUGAGUUGGUGAAUGUUGAUGAGUAGAGGGAACUAAUUAAUAGCUCGGUAGUUUUUAAGUUGUCGAGUCCAAUUCUUGUUUUAUUUGUUAAUUAUUGCAUUCCUUGAAAUUUUAUAUGGAAUUUUAUGUGCCAGAAUGACAGCAUUUCAGCCCUUAUAAUAUGUUCCCAUACCAUGGAAAUGUCUGCCAUUGUUUAUUCUG